AGCUUUUUUUGUUUCCUCGGGCUUCCCACGUGUUAAGCAUUGUUAAGCAUGCCUGCCGCAAUGGCUAGCCGCCAUAAUCAAGUUGGAAUCAAGAUGGCAGCACUGGGAGCAGCAACAGUCUUCGCAGCCAGCCUGUUACCUCGUACAGGAGCCUUCGUGGCUUUGCCGCCAGUUUCUCGAACAGGGCAUCAGCUGCCUGAAAUGAGCUUUCAAACAGCAUCUGCUCCUAGUGGAACCUUCUCCGCCGCUGCUGCCGCCACUGCUGCGUUCGCAGCGAUUUUUGCUGCCAGGGUGGGCUUCGCUGCCGCUGUGCCAGUCCGCGGCGCGCCCCGCCGCGCAGACAAGGUGGUGCGCGCUUGUGGCACUUGGAGCGUCAGCUCCGGCAGAGGCAUCACCUCAAGCAGCUCCUCCUUCAUGGGAUCAUCAAUGGCUGGUUCAGUGACAGGGCCCGUAGCGACUCCUUCGAACAGUUCGGGGUCUGCGCUUUCAUCAAUGUCAAUGAUGUUUGAGCGAUUCAAUGAGAAGGCAAUUAAGGCCGUGAUGAUGGCACAGGAGGAGUCCCGACGAUUGGGUCACAACUACGUUGGAACUGAGAUGUUGUUGGUCGGAGUGGUGGCGGACACAAGUGGACCAUCAGGAAAAGUCCUGAAGAAGUUCAACGUGACGCUCAAGGAAACUCGUAAGACCAUGGAAGAGAUGGUGGGCCGUGGCACUGGCAUGGUCUCUGUGGAGAUCCCCUUUACCCCGGCCGCCAAGCGCGUCUUGGGCGAUGGGGUGGAAGAGGCCAAGAGGCUGAAUGCCAACACCAUCGAUACUGCCCACAUCUUGUUGGCUCUCCUCAAAGAGGAUAAUGGAAAUGCCGUCAAGAUCUUGGAGAAGUUGGGUGUUGACCCAUCUAAGAUGCCAGAUGAGAUUAUCAAGGAGCUUCAGGAGAAGGACGAGCGCAGCUUGGUCGGAGUGACUUCGCGCGGUGGUGGCAGCGGUAAGACGGUGACCCUGGAGGAGUUCGGCAACGACCUCACCAAGGCCGCAGAGGAAGGAAAGAUGGAUCCUCUCGUCGGUCGUGCUGCUGAGCUGGAGCGAACCAUCCAGAUUUUGGCACGUCGUCAAAAGAACAACCCGGUGCUCAUUGGAGAGCCAGGAGUUGGCAAGACAGCGAUUGCCGAAGGUUUGGCACAGAAGAUUGUCGCCGGUGAUGUUCCUGAACUCUUGCAAGGCAAGCGCAUUGUGCAGCUGGAUUUGGCCAUGUUGUUGGCUGGAACCCGCUACCGUGGUGAAUUUGAGGAGCGUUUGAAGAACGUUAUCAAGGAGGUCCUCGACUCCAAAAAGCAGAUCAUUUUGAUGAUUGACGAGAUCCACACCAUCGUUGGUGCGGGUGGUACAGGUGAUGGUGGUGGUGCCAUUGAUGCUGGAAAUAUCAUGAAGCCGGCGCUGUCGCGUGGCGAGUUGCAGGUCAUUGGCGCCACUACCAUUGAGGAGUACAGGAAGUACAUCGAGAAGGACAAGGCCCUGGAAAGACGCUUCCAGCCAGUGAACGUGCCUGAGCCAACCAAUGAAGAGACGCUCACCAUCCUUCAAGGCUUGGCCAAGAAGUACGAGGAGCACCACAAGCUGAAGUACACCGAUGAAGCUCUGGCUGCUUGUGUGAAAUUUGCCUCGCAGUACAUCCAAGACCGAUUCCUGCCAGACAAGGCCAUUGACGUCCUGGAUGAGACCGGUGCGCGCGUGCGUUUGCGCGAAUCUUCCAUUCUGCCGGAGGAGGCGAAGGAGGCACAGCAGAAACUCAAGGAGGUCAUGGGCCAGAAGGAAGAGGCUGUCAGAAACCAAAACUACGAGCUGGCUGGUGAGUUGAAGACAGAGGAAGCCAAUUUGCGAACCAAGAUCAAGAGCAUCAUCAGUGAGUCCAAGGCCGCCAUUGUUGAUGAAGAUGAGGAAGAGGAUGAGUCAGACGAAAAGCCUCGAAAGCAGAUCUUGGUCACUGAGGCAGAUGUGGCUGCAGUGGUCUCCAAGUGGACCGGAGUUCCAGUGGAAAAGGUUUCCUCUGACGAAGGAGCGCGCCUGGUGAAGUUGGAGGAGGUGCUCCACGGCCGCGUCAUUGGCCAGAACGAGGCGGUGACCGCAGUGGCCAAGGCGGUGCGACGUGCCAGGGCUGGGUUGAAGAACCCAAAUCGGCCCAUUGCCUCCUUCAUUUUCUGCGGACCAACAGGCGUGGGCAAGACAGAACUUUGUAAAGCUUUGGCCGCAGCCUACUUUGGCAAGGAGGAAGCCAUGAUCCGAUUGGAUAUGUCCGAGUUCAUGGAGCGACACACCGUGUCCAAGCUGAUUGGAAGCCCUCCCGGCUACGUCGGCUAUGACGAGGAGAGCCAGUUGACGGAUGGCAUCCGCAGAAAGCCCUACAGUUUGGUGCUCUUCGAUGAGGUGGAGAAAGCACACCCUGAUGUCUUCAACCUUAUGCUCCAGAUCUUGGAGGAUGGACGGCUCACAGACUCGAAGGGCCGAGUGGUCUCCUUCAAGAACGCGCUGAUUAUCAUGACUUCCAACGUGGGCGCGAAGGCCAUCGAGAAGGGUAUCCAGGGCGGAGGUGGCAUUGGCUUCUCCGGCCUCGAGGAUGGUGAGGACGCGGAGACCUCCAGCUACAAACGCCUCAAGACGCUGGUGUUUGAUGAGCUCAAGAACUUCUUCAAACCAGAGUUCCUGAAUCGAUUGGAUGAGGUGAUUGUCUUCAGAUCACUCACCAAGCCAGAAGUGAGUCAGAUCGCGGAGCUGGAGUUCAAGAAGACCUUCAGCCGUACCAAGGAGAGAGGCAUCCACCUGCGGAUGACCGACAAGUUCAAGCAAAAGGUCGUAGAUGAGGGCUUUAACCCCACCUACGGCGCGCGGCCCUUGCGGCGGGCAAUCAUGCGAUUGGUGGAAGAUGAGUUGGCGGAGUCGUUUUUAAAGGAGCCCACUAGAGAGGGCGAGCAUAUCCUGAUGGAUGUGAAUGCAGACGGAAACGUCUUGAUUCUUCGAGACCAGCCUGCUCCGGAGGGCGAAGCCGAGGGUGAGGAGAUGAAAGUGGUAGAGACGACAGCCGCCUAAAUGACAGCAACCUCGAGUUUUGACCUGUACUGUUAAUGGGAGCCGUGCAUCUAGACCAAGUGCGCGUGUGG